AUGGACGAGAAGCGGCGGCUCUGGAUGGAGGAGGCGCUCACGGUGCCGGAGACGCUCCUGCACGUCGGCACCUCGGAGGGAGCCCUCGCCAGCAUCGACGACGCCUGCAAGCUGCUCGGCGACAACAUCUGGGGAUCCGAGCACGACGACUACAACUACGACGACGCCGAGUCCGCGCCCGACUCCUUCUCCCAGCUAUCCGAGCACGGCGACGACUCCAGGGUCCUCCUGGCCACCUCCUGCGGCCUCGAGCACACCAUCUGCACCCGCCUGCUCACCGCCGUCGGCGCCGAGCAGAACUUCCGCCCCGUGCUCCCGUUCUACCCCACCAGCGCCGGCAACGGCAUCUUCGGCUCCCAGAGCGACGAGACCCGCAUCGCCCGGACCGCCGAGCGCUACUUCGGCUCCGAGGGAUUCAGUUCCCAGAGCGACGAGACCGACAUCGCCCGGGACGCCGAGCGCUACUUCGGCUCCGAGGGAUUCAGUUCCCAGAGCGACGAGAUCGACAUCUCCCGGGACGGCGCGCGCUACGACGAGCUCUUCCACGGCACGCUGAUCGGCAACGCGGCCUUCGACUACUGGGCCAACCGCAUCGCCGGCGCGCACGCUCCCGACGGGCCCCUCGCCGCCGCCCACCGCGAGAUCACGCGCCUCGUCGCGCUCCACGGCGAGGCCGGCCACGUCCUGGCCCACUGCGCCGCGCCCCUCGGCCUCCCCCUCCGCCACGACGGCGACGACCCGGACCGGGCCGCCUUCCUCCCCAACGCGCACGCCGCGCUGCGGAGCCUGGGCGCCGCAGCGUCGGCCACCGCCGCGGCCGAGGACUUGAUCCGCUCGCGGUCCACGGCGCGCUCCUGCAGCGGGUCGUGGUCCGUGGUGACGCGGCUCGUCGACGACGCCAGGCGCGACGUCCUCGAGGCGCGCUGCGCGGUGGAGCGGAUGCAAGACGCCGCGGUGGCCGACUUCUUCCACGCCUGGAAGGUCAUCAAGCGCGCUCCGUCCUGA